AUGGUUUGUAUUCACACUGAAAAUCAAAAUCAAGGGGACUUUUACCCUUUUGUUCUACUGGAGAUUUCUGUUCUCCAUGAGUCCCCCUUAGGACAUCUGCGUUAUCGUUUAACAGAUGUGCCGCCCCAGCCAAACUCUCCUGGCGAAAUUUAUUGUUUUUACAUAAACUGUAUUAUGAACAGAAGGUAG